AUGGCGGCUAUUGCUUCCAAGUCAUGGGGAAGUACGAAACUUUUACUACAGGCAGGCGCUGAUCCAAAUGCCGUAUCAUGUGGAAAUACACCUCUGAUAUUUUCAGUGAGGGAUGGACGCAUAGAUGAUAUCACACGCUUACUGGAAGCUGGUGCGGAUCCAAAUUAUGUAAAUAAUUUUGGGUUGACAGCAUUAAGGAUUGCAGCCAUGAAGUGCAAUUAUCCAAUUAUUGGGGUGCUUUUUCCUGUGACGUCUCGCAUCUCAACUUAUCCUGAUUGGGGCAUUGGCGGACUAUUUGAGAGGGAAGUCUAUGAGAAGGAGAAAUUUCUUGAGGCAAAAUCAAAAGGAAGAGAUGCAUUCCAGGAAGAGCAGUCUUUCCUGGCAACUCAUUGGUUUCAGGAGGCCUUGGCCGCUUUUCCAACAGAUGCAGCUGUACUGCGCAACAUGAGUGCCUGUUAUGCACGUAUGAAUGACGGAAUCACUGCACAUGAGUAUGCCGUUAGAUGCAUGAAAGAAAGGGCCUAA